GCGUUUGUGGCAAGCAUAAAUCCGCCAGGCUCGCAGGGCAUGAUCACCAGCAGCAGCAGCAGCAGCAGCUGUGUAUUUCUUGGUGACCAAUGUGUUUAGAGUCUGGCCUCUGGUGGGAUCUCUGGGACUUAGUGCUUUGAAGGAGUGCUGCGAUCCAGGAGGGUAGAGGAGAGGGGCAAGGGAAUGUAUUUUCCACUUCUCACUGCCAUAUCAAUCUUUCUCAGUGCUGCUGGACUGUGGUGUUGUAUCACUCCUGACAGAGGUUAUUAAUUUCAAACCUGUAAAUCAGCAUUUCAGAAAAUGUCUUAACUUUGUUUUCCAAUCCUGCUGCUCCCACAGUAUCCACAAAACAGGAUGUUAGGACACAGAUAUGAAGUUAGCACCCGCCUUGCACCUGUGAACACAGGUACUACUGUGCAGAGGAGCCUGGUGUCCUGAGACACACUGUUGGGUCUUUUGGCUGCCAGGCACCCACCUAGGGUUCAAAGGCAAGAAGGAGAGAUUCAGGAGCCCAUUUGCAUCCAGAUGUGAGAGCGAGCUUCUUUUUCUUCUCUAGACAAGCACUUCCUUCACAGAUCCAUGGCAAAAGUACUAGAGACAGUAAAGAGGUCUGUAAAGCGCAGUGAGAUUGGUUCAGUGGGAAGGGAAAGUACCUGCCAUCAUGCUCACAAGAGGGCCUUGGUAGUGAAGGCUGGAUGCUGGUCUUGAACUGAAAAUCCUAAGGAAGUAGUGAACAGAUUGUAGCCGCUGGUGUGAUGUGCUGUCAGCAAUGCCCACUGUCAGCAUGGCUGCUGUGUCCCAAAACACCCAAGGGCUUUUGAGAAGUUACCCUUUCAUACUGCACCAGAGAGAAGUGUAUUCAGUCUAGAGGUGAGAGGUUCUUCACUCAUAAAAAUCUGAAAUGAGAUUGGAUGUCAUCUUUCCACCAGGAGAUGGAAAAUGGAGGUGUUUCUCCUAAGUAUUCCAAAACAUGAAAGAGUCUGGAUGACUGCGGCAACAGCAGGUUGUCUUUCAAUCCGACAGCAUAUGCCUUCUAUGAAAUUGUGAGAUUUUCUUGAGAGCUGGCAGAAAGAUGAACUUUCUCAGGAGUUUUUCUGAACCAGCUGUUGCUUUGAAUGAAGUCCAGGGAAAGUUGGGAAACAGCUCUUCUCACAUCUGAUGUGCAGUUAAUGCUGGGUGUCAUCAGCCUUGAAGUAGUCUGUCAGGUCCAGGAAGAUUCAGCCUCCUGCUGCUACUCAGCAUGAUGGUAGGACUGUGAGUAAUAUACCAGCAAAUGUCAGCUUUACAGCUGAGGAGCAAAGUGCCCUACAGAGGGUGUGGACUUGGAAAAAGAUCAUGAAGUUGCAGUGGUGUGAAGUUGCUAGAGUCAAAAAGAGAAUAUGGUAAUUACCGGUCAACCACAUCAGAUAGCGUGAAGAAUUCCUGUACUGUUUGUGGGAGUGUCUGGUCUUUGUGUAUGACUUAAAGGAAAUCAUCCAGUUAGUGUCUGAGCUGGAAACCUGCUUGAUCCUGCCCACAAAAAGCACAGCAGACCACCUCUAGCAGCUUGCUGAGGCACAGGAACAGCCAAAUUUCUGCUGGUGGCUGUGCAGGUGGUUAUGCCAAGUAAUGUCUGCUCAACUACGUGCAUGUAGGUGGGCAAGAGAGGUUUUACCGUACAAGGAUGAAGUGGCAACUGUGUUAAUAAAGAAUGUAACAACUUCCCUCCUGAAUUUAGAAGGGCUUGAAGCAGAUGAGCUCAGUGUACAGCAGUGGCAUGUGAUGAGUUUCCAAAGGUAGGUUAUGGGGUUGCCAGGUCACUGUUACAGUUCCGGUGUCCCUGUGACUCACUCAAGUGAGUGACUGACGUAAGAGCCAGAGGCAGCUCCUGUAUCGCUGCUGUCCUCACCUGCAGCGUGGUGAACCCUGUGGCCCUUGAGAAGGAGCUCUCUUUUCUGCUGCUCUGGGGCAGCUGGUAAAAAUCACCCUUGUGGAGGUCCCACACAGUCUGUUAGCUGAAAGGGUCGGUAAGUAACGGAGAGAGACAAGGAGAGAAGAGAGGGAAGUCAUGUGUUUUGUACCAGUACACAAAAUAGUCUGGUUUUCUGUCCCACAUUUCUUCCAUGCAGGAAACGGAGCGAGUGUGAUGUUUAGGUUACACUUUAUGCUUCUCCUGUCCUAGCACAACAUGGUAGCACUGCACAGCUGGGGACCCUAAAGCCCUUGGGAAACAUCUGAUAGUGAGGAGGGCCAGGUGAUGACCCCCAAAUGCUGGUACCAAUGUUGUCUUUGUGGGGAUGUGAAAAUCCAGUGGAAAGAAAAAGGAAAGAGGAAGAACAUCCUUAACUUUGCACACUAGAAAAUGAGUGCUGGCUCAGACCUGACCUGAAGGUGGGAGAUUGCUUCCAGGAGAUCAGAUCUGCAGAUCUGUCUCUCAGCAAAAUCACUAGCUUGCUCUCUAAUGCUGGGUGACUCUCACUUGGAAAGUUUCCUGUGUGCACGAGAGCCGCUUUCUCCAUGGGGAAGGGCAAUGUUUCCUGUUUUCCUACCACACUGCUUCCUCCUCCCUCUUCUGGUCUCUCAGGCAGGCUGGCAGUCCUAUCUCAUCUGGGUGAAGUCUUUCCUUUGUUUGCUUUCCUGUUUCGCCAGACUGACUUGCCUACUUUUUAAUCUCCGCGUUUGUUCUCUGACUGCCACGUCGCUCGUGUGUUCAUAGGGCACGGUGGCGUGAGGAACAGCCAGGAGCACAGGUGCAGGUUGCUCCUGACAGAUCCCAGAAAAAAAAAUAGCUACAUGAUAGGUGAGCUGCUUCUGAGGUCACAUGCUGGGUAAAGAUCUGUUUGAAGGCAUCCUUUCCUGACUGCUGCUACAGAACAGGCAUUGUUUGAGCCAUGUCCCCCUCAUGUCCCACCUCUGCAGUGGAUGUGACACCUGGCAGUGUUUGUGGCUAACCUGAGCAAAGCCAAUCUUCCUUUGCUCUUGACGGCACUCUGGCCUAUCGAUCUGUUCAUCUACAGGUAAUGACCAGUAAGAGAUGCUCUGUGGGGCAAGGCUUAAAAGCACAUCUGGCCUUAACCACAAUUUUGUGGUUAUGAGGCAACAGUCUCAAGAGUUGACUUCCUCACACUUUCAAGAAAUGGUCUUGCGCCUUUUAAGAGCAAACCAAACAAGGCAGAGACAAACCCCAAACAACAAAAGCCACCAUCUAUAUAUAAUCUGCGAGCCCUCCAGGGGAGUGCGCGGGCUGCCAUGAUGUCACUGGCUCCCUGUGCCAGCCUUUCACGCCUCAGAGGCCACAGCAGAGCUCUGUGCUUUCUGUGUGACUGCACAGGGCUGUGCUGGGGGUCACGAGGCUGCCGCUGCUCCCCGGCCAGCCCGGCUCUGCGGGAGAGGUCUGCUGGUGCACUGCAAGCGGGCACUUGGAUGCACAACUUCUCCUGUUGCCGUGCCUAACGCUGCUGGUUUUUUUUGAAGUCCUUGCCAGGCAGGGCUGGGGGAGGUCUACUGAAUACAGCAUCUAUGUGAGAAGAAAAAUAGCCUAUUUAAAUGUCAGCAGCUAAGCCCUAUUCCUGUGCAGGCAUAUACUUGUGCAGUAUGAGUAAUGAGACAAAAGACAGGCUUCAGAAAUGAGGCUUUAGAUUUAAAUAUCUCCAGAAGUCUUGGCUGAGUGUAAGGCCCUUCCAAAUGUACGCUGUCCAUGCAAGCACAGCUGGAAUGCUCACCCCAAGGAGCAGGGGAAGGAGUGAACCAGUAGGAAGCACCUUUGUGCUGCAUCUGCCAUUGCAUUAUCAUGAAGAAUUUUGGGGUUUUUGUCUCAUUUUUAAAACUAAGCCACAUGACUCCAAAUGCUGUGGGCAGACUGACAGAGAACAGAAAUUUGGUGGGUAAAUCUGGAGCACAUCUCAGUGCAGUGGGAAUGUCCAGGUGAGCAGGUUGGGCUCUGAAGUGCUGGCAUGGGAAAGUAUGAGAAAUCACCCCUUUUUUUGGCCCAUGGUAAACUUGUUGGACUUCAUUUGCUUUAGGGACAUUUUGUGACUUCUCUGAUAUCAUCUGUUCCAGGAUCAAGCUCCUCAGGUGGCCUUUUCCCCUGAACAACUGCUUUCUUUGUGGCUGGGUUGGCAACAUGGUGGAAUGGUGUUUACCUCAAGAUAUAGAUUUGGAAGGUGUGGAAUUCAAAUCCAUGGCAAGUGGGUCCCACAAAAUCCAGUCAGAUUUCAUUUAUUUCCGGAAAGGGCUCUGUUUUGGCCUGGCCUGCUUUGCCAACAUGCCUGUGGAGAGUGAGUUAGAGCGUGGUGCCCGCAUGAAGUCCGUGGGCAUCCUCUCCCCUUCCUACACACUGCUGUAUAGGUACAUGCACUUCCUGGAGAACCAGGUCAGACACCAGCUGGAGAUGCCGGGGCACUACUCCCAUCUAGAGGCAUUCUAUGAUGACAAGAAAGGAGUUCUCCCUGAUAGCAAGGGCACCCCCAGCUCUCAGCAACCUGUCCACUGGCUGCCUUCCAUCCACAGAUACAUGUACCCAGAGAUGAAGAUCACACACCCUGCUGGCUGUAUGUCUCAGUUCAUCAAAUUCUUCGGUGAGCAGAUCCUCGUCCUCUGGAAGUUUGCCCUGCUGCGCAAGCGCAUACUGAUAUUUUCACCACCCCCAGUUGGAGUUGUCUGCUAUAGAGUGUAUUGCUGCUGUUGCCUUGCAAAUGUUUCUCUGCCUGGCCUUGGAGGAACUGUCCCAGAGUCCAAACCAUUCUUCUAUGUCAAUGUGGCAGACAUAGAAAUGCUGGAGACAGAAGUAUCGUAUGUGGCCUGUACAACAGAAAAGAUCUUUGAGCAGAAACGGGAUCUCUAUGAUGUCUAUGUGGACAACCAGAAUGUGAAGACACAUCAUGAACAUCUGCAACCACUCCUGAAAAUUAACAAUGCUGACAAGGAGAAGUACCGACGGCUCAAUGACCAAAGGCAGAUGUUAAUGUAUUCUCAAGAAGUGGGUGAAGAUUGCAGCUCCUGUGAAGAGGACCUUUUCAUCUUGUUUUUCAUGGAGCAGAACAACCGCAUCUUCCAGACGCUGAUGGAGGUGUCAGCCAGCCAGGACAAGACACUGACAGCUGACCACGCACGAGGCAUGGGCCUGGAUCCCCAAGGGGAUCGAAGUUUCCUUAUGGACCUCCUGGAAGUGUAUGGCAUUGAUGUUAUGCUAGUCAUUGACAACCCCUGCUGCACUUAAACCAAGGGCAAGAGAGAUGGGGAGCAAAGAUCACUUUUUAAAGACUACCAGACAUUGCUUAGGAGGAUCACUGGAACUCACCACAGCCACAAUUAUUUAAUAACUUUAUAUGGAGAGUAUUUAUAAUUUUAAAACAAAAUGUGAUUUUAUUUUCUCACACUUCACUUCCCAGUGAGUACCUUCUCUAGGGGUUCCUUUUGGUUUUGUCUCCCAUUCCCUUUCAUUUGUGUUUUUCGUUUUGUCUAGCUAGGACCAGUGGCACCUUUGCACCAAACCUCACUGUUGCCAGUGAUAGCUAGGUUUUGACCUAGCCUGGAUACCUGAAGGCUGAUGACUUCAGGAAAGCACUUUGUUUGAUGACAACCAAUGUGAAAUGCUAUAGCUGAGCUUUCAGACUUGGCUGGAAAAUCCUCCUAACAACUCCCCCUUCCACUUGGGGACUGAAGAGGGCUUCAGCACAGCCCAGUCUCAUAAAUAGCUCCUACCAAGUUUAUUGGUGGGGCCAGUUAAACCAGCGAUAAGAACCAGGACUCCUUUAAACACUCCUCACCCAUCCUGAAAGGUGAAUUGGAGUAAAGCCACCCUUCCUUGUAAAUGGCAGAAGCAAGUUUGGGAUCGGGGACACUACAGGAUCUUAUGACUUUGCUUACUGGAGCAGCACGGUUUCACUUCCAGCAUCUGAGAUGGUCUAAACUGGCAGAGACUGCAUCUAUCUAUCUAUCUCACAGCUGGAGAAGAGCACCCUCUCUUCCUCAAUCCAUCCCACCAGCUCCUCUGGUUUUUAGUUGCAUCACACCUGCUGCUUUGGUUUAAAAUCUUCAAACCAGCAAGAUGGUCUCCCAUUUAACAGGGACCAACACCACUGAGCCACUUUGCAGUCACUUUGUUUUCCAGCCUCAGCUUGGAUGGCGCUGGGCUGGAAGGGGUAGAACAAGUAUGCUUUAACUAGUGUCACUAGCCCUUCCUUUGUAGCUGAUGGGACUUGUUGCUCCUUUGCUUUAACACUGUCUGCUAAUCCUCCUUUUGUUGAGCCUUCAGCACUGCCUGUUGCUUUCCAUGUGAGACAGAGAAUGUACCUUUCAGCUGGAACAACUGAAAUUUGCAGGAGGUUCCCUUGGAGUUUUGUAUUCUUAACUGGCACAGCUGCUAGGAGCAAUGUUUAAAAGCAAGUCUUUUUUUUCUGGGCAGAGCUGCAGAACCAGAUGAAACAGGUAUUUUCUUAAGCUGUGGAAAGAACAGGAUUCAGUUCCUGAAGGACUGACUAGUCAUUACCUCCCGGAAGGCUAUCCCAGUAAAGAGUAAUCCCUUUGCCAUGCAAAAUCCAAGAAUGGUACUGUGGGUUCUAGGUGUGACAUACAGCUUUGCCCCAAAUCCUUCAGCCAGUAGCAGUAUCAGCUUCAAGCUUACUGUUCUUCCUGAACUGUGGCUAUAGCUGAUGAAUUGCUGCUUCUAGUUACAGAUUUCGGCACCCUUGGAGGCUCUCUGUGCAUUGUAAGAAUGCAAACUGUAGCUGAUGUACUAGCUGAUUGUCCUAGCAUUUUAUAGGAUGAGACAGAGCCUGAACCACUGAGAUCUCACCCACUCAAAAGCAGGCAAGCACCUUUUUGAAACAGGUGAAACAAAUGUUCUCCAAGCAUACCCUCUGUGGAAUGUCUCCCUCUGGAAGGGAGAAAUUGCUCCUGCAAUUUGCCUGUCUCUGAGCAGUCACUGCUCUGGCUGCUUUUUCAAGGCUUUGGAUGUUUUUGUAGAGAAGAAAAUAAGCUGUUCAUACUGUCAGUUGUUUACAACAAUUGUAAUUCAUCAUACUUAGAAGGGUGGGGAAAAAAAUGUAGAAAGAGGUAAGAACAGCUGAGUAUCAUUUAAUGGAAAGACCAAUCUCUUUUCCUUUAGAAAUAGCUUUGUUAUUAAAUUGACAUCUGAAGUAUAAAAGUGGCCAACAACCUGCACACUUUUUCUCUAACUUCCACUUCAGUUUUAACAUGCUGUCUGCAGGGACGAUCCCUGAGGAAGUACAGCUGAGCUACCCUUGUAUUGCUGUCACUUCUUCAGACAUAAAAAGAAGAAAAACCAGAACUGAAACUAGUAGUCUCUAGCAAUUUCUCCUCUCACUUUCUUGAAGGUUUGCUGCAUAGUUUAGCUGUGGUCAGUUGUUAAUGACUUUCUAUUCUCUUUGUCAGUAGUUCUUUUGCUAAACUGAACAGAAACAAACCUUUGAGUUAACAUGGAAAUUUUACAGUCACAACAGCCAGAGGCUUUCCAACACCCUGCAUUAGAGCAGAAUGUUGUUUACAAGUCCUGCAGACAGCACUGCCAGAGCCCACCGAGCAGAAACUCCUGAAAUUCCUAUUUGACAUGUACUAAACCUCUACUUUCUGGAAAUUAGGUCUUCAGUUGUCAGCAGUAACAGGGGUGAAGCACCCACAGUACAGAUUACUGUAGAAGUAGCAUCUAUGUGCUACAUCCAGUGGGAUGGCUGCAGCCUAUUUUGUUCUUCCUUGUAAUUUUGCAUCCUACCAAGUCUUUCUUGGCAGACAACUACUACAGAAGUCAGAAGUUGUCCGACAGAAAACAGAAAAAGACUUUUCUCUCCGAACCCUUCCUUAUUUGAUUAGCUGUAAAAGUGCUUUCACCUGCACUCCUUUUCUAAAAGAUACUGCUUUUAUUUUUGUCACAUGUGAAAAGUCCCAGAGAAAUGAGCAAUGGGUACAUAAUAGAAACAAAUUGUUAUAGCUUGGGACAUGAAGGACUGUUCUGUGGAACCAGUUUAACUAAGUCUUAUCUUUCCAGGAGAUUAUUCAAGGUAAAACAGUUAUAUGCAGAUACUCAAAAUCCCCUCCUAGGCACUCAAUUGGCGCUUUGUUGCAUACUGCCAGCUGGGAGCCAUCUACUUGGGCGUGUUUUGAAAAAGAGGGGGCAAAGUGUGCCUAAGAUAAGGGUAUUGCUGAUUUCUCUUCUCCCUUUGAAGUACUUUGCCUUUACAGUGGUGCCUUCAGUUUCUUGGGUGUAAUGCCUCUGGUCACUUGCUGUGAUCAGAGCCCAGGUUUGAAUGGUGGUUACAGUAACCAGGUCUGUGCUGUACCCCAGCUGUUCUCCAAAACAAAUCCUUGAAUAGCCAGUGCAGGUUCUCAGCUGGUACAUACUUAACCAGGAGAACAAGAGCUUCCUAACUGCAUCUUAACUCAAGCUGCACUAGAAAUGUGUAAUCAAGCAAUGAAUUAUUACUACUUGUACUAUCUGCAUUGAAGGGUAAAGCUUAUGACAGACAUAAAAGCUCAGUUUUCAAUCUGAACAAGCAACAUCAUGCCAGACAUUUAAAUCAUCCAAGAGUCUUCUCACUGCAAGGUUAGGCCAAGCUGCAUAGAGCCAAUAAAGAACUGUAAUGGAUACUAAGAAGAAAGGCACUUUAUGGAAUCAGAAUUCAGAUUUGUCUUACAGCCAUGCUACUUACCUUCUUUUCUAGCAUACACAAGGUACUUACUGCAGUGUAUCUUACAGCCAAUGGUCAUGGCUGUCACAGGAGCUGAGCUUGCCUGUCCACUGUCCUUAUGGACAGAAGAAAGUUCCAUCACCUUUUCAAGUAGCUCCCUGUAAAGACUAUUCAGUAAAGCAGGGUUAUGGAGAUACCCCAUUUUAGCACCUGUCAAAAUUAAUGAGCAAAAGGCUGGGAGUAGCUGUGGCCCUCCUGGCCACAGGCUAUGCUAGGGACAGGCAUGCUUCACUCUGGAAGUUGGAAAGACAGUGGCUCCUGGAAUAUCAGGGCAAGAGCACUCUAUCAUAAAGCAAAAAUCUAGGUACAAAGCAUGCACAUUAACCCAAAUUCUCAUCCUGGCCGUUACUUCUAAGUUAGUUGCUGUCUUCUUCCCAUCUUCCAAAAACUAGUGGUGUAGUGAGUAUGGGGAAAGACAGCAUAAAUUUCUUUUAUGAGGGACUGGAAUGUAUUGACUUUAACAGUGUGAUCUGUCUGAAACAGGGUACUAAAUGCCUGUGAACCAGGAUUUUAGAUCUUGGUUAAUGCAACAUGCCAUUCAAAUGGGAAUGUUUAAAUGUGAUCAAAAUAAACAGGUGCCUUGAGGUGGUCCAUCAUUAGAUUGUUAUCCUUCCUUUUAUUUAUCUUACAGUAUAAGCCCUUCUCGAAUGGACUGUAAGUUGAAGCCAGGAUAAGUGUGCUCAUGAGUGGGACCUAGGAUUCUGCUCCUCCUUCCGUCUUGGAGUUUGUACGAAGAAAGUUCUUUGUGUUGCUGUCAGACAGAACUGAGUCCUUUUCUCAACACUGUACAUAGUGGGUUUCAGCCCCUGCCUAUUUUAUGUAGUAUCUGUCUCACACCUCUCCUCUGAAUGUUACAGUUCAGAGGUCUAGAAUUACCCUAUACUGGAAGAACUCUGAACUGAGUUUCUGAGAGGAAGGAGAAAAUUACUUGAAUGCUAUUUAUACAAGUUACUCAACUUAUGCCAAUAUGAGUAUUUAAAUACCAGCCUGUGUCUCAGAUGAUCCUUGGUACUUUAACAUCAAAACAGCAUCAGCAAUACCAAUUCUGAAGGGAUCUCUUGGUUACCCUCAGGCAAGGAAUCACAUUGCAAUGGGAGCUAUGGAAGAGAAUUAGUAAUUUUCCCUGUAAAAUGGUACAGAUGAACAAGGAGCCAGUUCUCACCGUCUCACCCCUUGCUACAACCUAGGCUGGUUGUAAUUCUAACAGCUCUGAUGUUGUUUGCAUCUUGCAGAUGUGUGGUUGCUCCCAUAGACCUGUGGCUCUGUAGAGAAACUGCUUACUAAAAACAUGGGUAUUUUUUAAUACAAUUAAAGCUUACCUUUUUGAAA